AUGGAUGUUUCACCGAAGACUUUUGACGGCUGGUCAACCCAGUCAAGAUGUCGACGCUUGACUGCUCUGUGUAGCGUGUUUCUCUUUCUCUGUCUUCUGCCUCAUCACCCGUUUGCGUGUCAUCCUCAUGACACGUUUUCACGGCCUGCGCACACUCACUCGGUGUUAAUAGCGACUGCUGCCGAGCUCCGGGGUAACGCUCCACCAGUCUCGCCUGGGACAACACGGGCAACUGAUGCAGCUGCCGAGAACAAAGCAGAAGAUUCGUCUUCCGAACCGGGGGAGAGCACAGAAGUCGCGCAACUUCCAGCACAAGAAGUAUCGUCUGGGGAACCGUCCGCAGAAACCACACCGGCUGAGAGCCAUGACACUUCUGAGUCAGAUCCAGUUGAAAAAGAUUCGCAGCCAGAGAAGUCAUCUGGGAGCGUAGACGAAGGCGAAGGGAUGAGUGCGGGACAAAAUGGAGAUUCGCUGAAGGACGCCUAUCAAGGUGCGUCGAUGGAAGACAUUCUGCCUAGCACGAGUCAAGAGGAGUAUACCGACGACAUCUACGAACGAGAUGCAGUUCCACCGGAGCCGUUUGAACAGUGGGAGACAGCAUAUGACAUACCUGAUCAACUGAGAAGACGAACUGAAGGCGACGACCCCUUAUAUUAUAAUCUCGUGAUUGAAGAACGACUCUAUUUGAUGGAGCCUCCAUUUGGGUCACUCCCGGGACAGACACAGGAAGCGUCAGAGGAGGGUGGCCAAAUAUCGGGGGAGGACGAUGUGCAAACAGAGUCUGGAGGAUUUCCUGCGCAGAAGAAUGGUGUCUAUGCUAUGUGCUACGCCCGAACUGAAGAGGAAAUCUGGCAACGAUGUGCGGAAGCAAGUGACGCCGCUGAAGGCGUUUACAUUCAAAUGCACGAAAUGUUGGAUUUCGGACGCCUCGUGGAUCCGGAUGAAGCUGAUCCGUCGACCGUGACGGCCGCACUAACAGAGGACCACUAUCGUCGAACCGUCCGUGAUUUGGGCGUCUCUUGGUUCACAACAAUCAAGGAAAUGAAGGCUGUGACGGGACUCAAAGUCGCUGGGAUUUGGUUCGGCCCUCCUGACUUCGACAAAAUCGAUUCAAUUAUCAAAGAAAACCUAGGCGUCUUUGACGGAGUUUAUGUCGAUUGGGAAGACGGCGUUGGGGCAUGUGUCGACAAGGUAUGCCAAAAGAAUAGCCUUGAACGUCCCCCGCGGACGAACAAGGCCGGUGAGCCCACUGCCUGGGCAGAUAAACCAGAUUUCUUUUUUCGAUACUACAUGGGAGGCCAAGAUGCCAACACAUGUGUACUGAAAGACAUGUCACCGUACUCUUUCGACAGCUACGUACGGGCUGACAGAGAAAUGAAGGUUCCUGACGAAUGGGUACCUAACUUCCCUUGCUUCGCCGGCCACCAAGGACGAUGCUACCGCGCCUUCAGAGCAAGCAUUGCACACAGCUGCGAUGCCACUCAACAAAGGUUUAUGUUCGCUCCUUACGAGAGAACUUCCGACAAACUACUAACAAUGUUCAAAGAGGGCUGCAGGGCUCUCGGCUACGACGUCCCUCCACACGAUAUCGUGCAAUAUGUGUAAUGACUCUCAGGCGAAAAUGUCGCUCUCAGUAAAACCCUCAAUUGUUGGCAUACGCCAAUAGUUUCUAUCGGUGGGGUCGGCGAACGGGAAAUAUAGCCCUUUGUGUUGUUUGAGCUCCGCCUUUCGAGCCUUUAGUCGUCGAAGGACAGUCUCACUUGAAACUUCUCGCGGUGCUUCUGUGAACAUACCGCUGUCAAAAUACCACCGCGCUCAACACUUUCUGAUCUGUCUAGAUCCAUCGUACAAGUAAACGUCUGUUUAACAUUAUGUGGCUCGUCACAUCGCUAAACUAAGAAGCUU